GGUGCGAGGGCGAGGAGGGGGCGGGGCCUGCUUGCGCCUCCCCCGGAGGCCGGAAGACCCUCAGCGUCGCCUGGGUGCCACGCAGUGAGCGCUCCCCUUCUCCGGAGUCCCCUCAGGUGCGAUUCCAAUGGGUCCGGGCGGGUCCGUGGGUCCGAUUUGGGUUUUGUUUGUUCGAAGGCUGUCUCCUAAGGAGCUGGCGUCUGCAAUCCAGCUGUAACUUCGAGGAUUAGUGACUGUCACUCUUCCAAUUCCUUUUAAAAGCGAGGCCCUGGUCACAGACUCUGCUGUCAUGAAGGUGAAAAUUAAGUGUUGGAAUGGUGUGGCCACUUGGCUCUGGGUAGCCAAUGAUGAGAACUGCGGCAUCUGCAGGAUGGCGUUCAAUGGCUGCUGUCCAGACUGUAAGGUGCCUGGUGACGACUGUCCCCUGGUGUGGGGACAGUGCUCUCACUGCUUCCAUAUGCACUGCAUCCUCAAGUGGCUGAACGCACAGCAGGUGCAGCAGCACUGCCCCAUGUGUCGACAGGAGUGGAAGUUCAAAGAGUGAAGCCUGCCAUGCCCACUCCCUUCUCCCAGCGCUGUGCCAGGCUCAGCCCCACCUUUCCCUUCCCCAGAUAGGGCAUCCCGAGUCCCCUCCACACAGCUCAGGGGUGCCCAGGGACCCCAUUCUGUGCUGGGGACAAGGAUGCUUUCUGUUUGGCUGAGACGAGGUGGAAACGAGGACUGGAGCUUUGCUGGGUGUUUUGUUUUUCCCAUCACAUUGACACUUUUAUUAAAUAAGUAAAACUCAUUAAAGUUCUGAGCCGCUGGAGGCCUCUGCUUGCCUGUUUUCCCUGACAUAUUGAUGCAGCUGCAGCAUGUUUUGCUGUGAACACACUCAUAAAUAAACAGUUUGGUAAAGUAUCAGCCAAGACCUUCAUCAUAAUCUGAGUCACAGCUCCGACAGGAAGAGUGGAAGAGACUCGGGCAGGGCCAAGCUGGGCAAAGACUUUAGGGUGUGUUUGUGUCAAGGGCCUAGCAGCCAGCACAUAGCCCACCAGCUGCCCUAGUCUUCUGGGAGUCCCAGGAUCUCUUCCCAUCCUACCCCUAGCUGAGCAAAGCUGGAUGCUGCUCCUCCAGAGCCACUGUGGUUAGAGGAAGAGGUAGCUAAGCAGGCACCAGCCAUGCCCAGAUGACCUUGGAAGACUACUUCAGCAAGCUCUUGAGUCUCUUGCCUCUUCUUCAGGCUGAAAGCAGAGCUGGUGUAGGAGGAUGUGGGUCCUCUGGUGUCUUAGGGAAGGACAGCCAUUUGGAAACUCCUUUAUUCCCAUGGCGGUUGUGGGGUGGGGGGGAUUAUCAGCCAUUGGGAAAACAGUAGCCCAGCCCUAGUGUGUUAAGCUCCUGGGUAGAGACCAAUUUUGGCUGGUAUCCGGGAGUCGUGGCCAGCUCCGCGCCUUGUCUUCACUGACCAUUCCCAGUAACACCUUCACAUUCCCUAUGCGCUCUACAGCCUGGGGAGUAGACCACCAUGGCUGGUUCCACCCAUCUGUGUCAUCAUCAUGUUUGUUGGCUACAAGACUCCCUGCCACCUCUGUGUGGUGUCCUUGGGGUACCUGAAGCAGACCCGUGCUGCUGGGAAACAACUUCAUGUCACUCGGCUAUCUAUGGCAUGCUGGUCUGGAGCUGGCACCAACUAUCAGGAGUGAAGAAGGCCACUUCCUGGUGUAACUCAGCCUAAGGAUCGCGGAGCGCUGCAGAGGGAGCUGAGAUUUGUGGAUUUGGAGCUGCUUGGGCGGGCAGGUGUGGUCUGUCCUUGCUUGGUGGCUAUGAAAGACUGAGGGGCAGGGUGCUAGGGUCAGCUUGUUUCUUCUUUUUUUUUUGGUUCUUUUUUUCGGAGCUGGGGACCGAACCCAGGGCCUUGCGCUUCCUAGGUAAGUGCUCUACCACUGAGCUAAAUCCCCAGCCCCCAGCUUGUUUCUUCUAUCUCCAGUCUGCCCACCCCCUUGGGGUGUCCUCCGUGCCUUUUCUAGGAACCUAGGAGUCUAGGAAGCACUCCUGACAUCCUUAUGCUCCCAGGUUCCUCCGUUCCCCUCAGAGUCCCUCAUGGCCACACACGUCACUCAUUCUGGGUUCCUUAGCACCCAGAUUCCUUAUGAUGUGCUCAUGUUGUCAGCAGCUCCUGGUCCCAGGGUCAACUCCACCUGCUUCCUCCAAAAAAGUCACCUGAUAGACCAGCUAUAGCUUGUGCUCACCCUGAGCCGCUUUCCCAGACAGGAACAGAAGGCCUUGUAGGAAGCUUACACCAUUGGCCUCAGGAGGCUUUCUCCAUGCCGUCUUUCUAAUCUACCUGUGCCUGCCCUGUGUUGCCAGAGACUGUGGUAUCCCUGUUCUGCUCCCACCCCCAUCCUCACACAUGUCUCUUACAUGUUACCCUCUUAUGUCCAGUAUUUAACGAUUGUUUGCUAAGUGGUUUCCUAGGCCACAACCCUGUGGGCAGGGCAGUACCUUGCUCCUGGGGUCUGGAGUUGCUUGCCCAGGUUUUUCUGAAGGUUGGGGCCUUAGCUUGAUACUUCUCAGAAAGGACAAGCCAAGUAGCAGAAUCUCCAGUCAAGAGUAUGAGACAAAAUAACCCCAACCUAGCCCUUAGGAAGAUGAGGUAGGAGUUAUUUUCUCCAAGUUCCAGGCCAAUCUGGGUUAUAGAGUAAGACCCUAUUGGUGAGCCUGGGGCAGGACUAAAGAAUAAGCAAGGUGGUCCCUGUGGCGGCUAGAUUUAUGUGACAAAGUAGAGGCAUCUGAGAGGAGGGAGGGAUCCUCAGUUGAAAAAAAAUGCCUUCAUAAGAUAAGGCUUUAGGCAGGCCUAUAGGACAUUUUCUUCUUUCCUCUUCAUAAUUUUCUUGCAUUUUAUAUGUGGAUGUUUUGCCUGCGAGCAUCAUCUGUGCACUACAUGCAUCCCCCAAUUCCUAUAGAGGCCAGAAGAAGGCAUCUGAUCCCCUGGAACUAGAGUUCAGACAGUUGGGAGCCGCCUGCCUGUGGUGCUGGGAAUCCAACUUGGGUCCUCUGGAAGAGCAGUCAGUGCUUUUAACUGCUGAGCCAUCUCUUGGAAAAAAUCAGUUAGUGAUUGAUGAGGGAGGGCCCAGCCAAUUGUGAGUGGUGCCAUCCCUGGGCAAGCUGACCAAGCCAUGAGGAGUAAGUAGCACUCCUCUGUGACCCCUGCAUCAGCUUCUGUCUCCAUGUUCUGCUUCAGUUCCUGACUUGGCUUUCUACAGCAGACUGUGACUCAGGAAAUGUAAACCAAAUGAAUCCUUUUCUCCUC